AUGGUCACUUCACGGGCCGGGAGCCCGCAAGGCAGGCGCGACCCCCAGCCUGGGGACCUGAUCGAGAUCAAACGAUCUCGAUUUUACCAGCACUGGGCGCUCUACGUGGGGGAUGAAUAUGUCAUCCACGUGACAGAUGAAGGAGCCACAUCCAUUACGCUUAGCAGCUCUUCAAUACGCUCCACAAGAGCCAAGGUGAAGAAGGAGCCCCUGCAGAAUGUGGUGGAAAAUGAUGAAUGGCGUGUCAACAACAAGUAUGACCGCUCCCGCACUCCUCGCCCCGUGGAGGAGAUCAUCCAGCGUGCUGAAGAAUGGGUUGGCAAGGAGGUGCCAUAUAAUGUACUUACCAGAAACUGUGAGCACUUUGUGACAGAGCUCCGCUAUGGAGAGGGAGUCUCUGAGCAGGCCAAGGCAGCACUUCAAAAUAUUAAUUCUGUUUCUUCUGUAGUGAUGGCUGGGAUAGGAACUGCCAGUUUUAUUGUGGCCAGUAUUCCUUUUAUGGCCAGUGCUCCUUUUGUGGCCGCUGGUAGUGGUGGUCUUCUUGCCAGUAUUGGUUUCUCUUCCAGCAAUAUUGUUCAUUCCAUCACUUUUGGCAAAUUUAAAAAGGCAGGGAGAAAUAUACUAGAACAGAGUUGCUGUUAGGAAGAGCUCAAGCAAGGCAUGGAGUCCCUGGUCACUGUUCAGCUUUUGCCACAAGUGUAAUAAACACUUAUUAGCAACUGCUGUGAUAAUUACUUCAAAGACUUAUUAGAAUGUAAAAAUUCAAACUCAUCUUGCCAAAAAUUGUCUUUUAUCUGUUUGAGAAUAGCUUUGUCUGCAAGUAAUUUCUCUUUAACUACCCUCCUCCACCUGCCUAAGACACGGACUUCUUUCUCAAGUUGUUUUUGUUUUUUUUUCCCCAGGUCUCCCAAAGCUCCAUUUUAUACCAAACCCUUUUCCUGGGCCUCCAUCAGACAGCUAGGCAGCACUCAGACCCUUCUAGCUCCCUUUCUUCUUUUGGAAGAAAUGAAGUUGUAUCAUGGGGCUUUUUUCCAACUCUCAGGGUCCCUACAGUCAAUCUAUACCCUGACUGUAAUUUUACAGCUUUUCAGAUCCUUUUCAACUUGAAGCCCUGUAUGGCCUUUCUCCCCUGCUGAGUGAUACCAAUAAAGAUAAAACCCCAUGUACUGAUAAACAGUGGGGAUGCAACCACAACACAAAACACCACAAUGGUACCAGCAAACUGAAUCAGGCCCUAAAUGAUCAGGUGUUCAGAGCAAAGCAGAAGCUCUACCUUCCCUGCUCAAAACAGAAAACACAAAUCUUACUUACAGCUACAGUACUAUGGGUUUAGUGCUGCUGAUGGUUUCUGUGUUUAGGAUCAAUGUUUAGGGUCCCUCAGAAGAGCAGAAAACAGUUCAAAUUCCAUAGACAAACAUUUUUGCCUUAAGGUAUUGCAGAGCUACUUAACUACCCUUCAUCUACAGUAGUUUGUUUCUUGUGUUUUAUUCUGCAGCUACAAUUUUUAUACCCAGAUUAAACUGCUGUUGUUUUUACAUUACUAAUUUGCUCAACAGUUCUGGGAAUCAAGCACAUUUCUACGCAAACAGGUAAUUAUCUUCACAUACAUUUUGUUAAAAGGCAUUGUUACUGGCUGCUCCAUGACUGUCUGCAGCAUCUGGAUUGAAAGGUUUUUAAGUAAGGGCAGGCAAAUCUAUUCUGUGGUGAUGGUUAUGUUUUGCCCUUUGAGGUGAUUUCAUUUCUGUACCUGAUCGAGAAAUAUUAGCUACCAUGCACAAAGCUUUCCUAACAUCACAAGAAACCUCCCAGCACUGAAAUUUGAGGGUCAAACCCAAUUGAAACCCCCAUUCUUCUAUAUUUUUUAGAGUUCCUGAGGAAUUAAGUUUGGUUUGUCAGCAUCUUUGAGAGCUGUGCACUCCUACUUGCAACCCCAUACACCUCAGAGCUCAGAGCAGGCAGCAGUACUCUGUGAGCAAGCUCACCUGAUCAUCUCCAGCAAACAGUGGAGGCUGGGGACUUGGGAGGCGAAAGAUGAGGUCACAGACACCUCCUGUUCUAACAGUGAUAACACUGCAUGGAUCACUUUCAAAGCCUGAAAUCCAUGGCAGUCACGAUGUGGAAAAAUAUCCU